AUGACAGGCAGUGAGGAAGACAACAAUGCAGAACUGACUGCUUCUCCCCUGUCUGAGAAGAAAUGCAGAGGCGAGAAACAUGUCUCCUUCCCCCCGGAUGAAGAGAUAGUGUCUGGUUUCGCUGAACGCAAGGACUUGUUAAGGGAUGUUGACAGUAUUACGUUGAAAGAGAUAAUAGCUUCCUAUAAGCAAAGCUGUGAGAAGCACCAAGUUGAACCCAAACCAAAGUUACUGGAACAACUCCAGACCAUCACAGAUUUGCACAGUAGGGUCAGAUGUCUAGAUCUGAAAGGUGAACGGUUAGAUUACCAAGCAUGUGAAUCUCUUGAAGAAUUACUGAAACUGUUACAGUACGAGUUUAUCAAUCUACAGGAGGCUGAAUUGGAUGAAAAUGGGGCCUCUGCUUUGUUUGACAUGAUUUCUUAUUAUGAAUCAGCGACACACCUCAACAUUUCCUGCAAUAAAAGAAUUGGGGCCUUGGGUUGGCGGUCUUUGUCUCACCUGAUACAGCAGAGCAGUUGCCUGUGGAGACUGGAUGCAUGUAACAUACCUGUCCUGGAGUAUCCUGCACAGGCCAUGUCGCGAGCCUUGAAGUCCAGUAGGCUGGCUGUACUGCACUUUGAAAAAACAUGUCUGAGUGGUAGGCCUCUCUUUACACUAGUUUCUGCUCUGAAGUUAAACACAGCCCUGCAGGAGCUUUACCUGGCAGACAAUGAUCUCAACAGCUUUCAGGACUCAAUGCAGCUUGGCGACCUUCUCAAAUACAACCAUAGUCUUAGAGUGCUGGACUUAAGCAACAACCUUAUAUCAGACGCAGGUCUUGAAGAUAUAUGUGAAGGUUUAAAGGUACAGAAGACUGGUCUUAGAAGACUAGUGCUGUGGAACAACCUACUAACCUUCAAAGGCAUGACCCAUCUGGCACGUGUUCUGCCUUCUGUGGCAAGCCUUGAGACAUUGAACCUGGGCCAAAAUAUACUUCAAAACAAAGGGAUUCAGAGGCUUAAAGAUGCUCUGAUAGCCAACAGAUCACUUCUACAGCUGGGACUGGCCUCAACCAAAAUAACUUGUGAAGGAGCUGUAGCUCUGGCAGAGUUCAUUGCAGAAAGUCCUCGGAUCCAGAGGCUAGACGUCCGGAAAAAUUUGAUCAGAGCAGGAGGACUCAUGGCGCUGUCUUUAGCACUACAAAUUAACCAUUCUCUGAUCAGAGUGGACUUAGACAAAAAUGUGAAGAAAGAGAAGGUAUCAGCGUCCCAUGUAGCCUUGCUUUCAAGUUCUAAGGCUGCAGUGUUAGAGGAGGGUACUACACUUGAUAAAAGAAUACAGACUGGUACUGGUGCAUUAUGUUACCAGAAAAGCAUGUGUCAUUUCCUACAAAGGCACCAUGGAGAGGAGCUAAUUGGAUUUGUUGUCACCUCCAGUAGCUGCCAGGAGCUGGCGUCUGCUUCGGUUAGAGAUGAAGACAUCACCACGACAGGACCCCAGGAAAGGAUCAGCUGGUAUCCUGGGUACGGCUAA